GGUCUUCAUUUUCUAGAGAGAGAGAGAGUUGCAGAGGUGUAGUAAAGUGUUCAUCAAUGGCAGCACGAGGAGGUGUAGAAGGUCAAAGAAGAGGAGGUGGAAGACCUCUUCCUCCCUCAGCAAGAGGUCCUCCAGUUCACAAUAAACCCGGUCCCCGGUUCGAACCGGUCGAUCGCGAAAAGACUUGUCCAUUGCUGCUUCGAGUUUUUACCAAGGUCGGCGGUCAUCACACUCAGGCAGACUUUGCAGUCAGAGGCAAGGAGCCUAAAGAUGAAGUCCAAAUAUAUACGUGGAUGGAUGCUACACUUCGUGAGCUAACUGAUCUGGUAAAGGAGGUAGCACCAGAAGCUAGAAGAAGAGAUGCUUUGCUGUCAUUUGCUUUUGUAUAUCCUACUAAAACUGGUCAUUUUACCGUCAAAGAGGUUGGGAAAACCUUAUCGUAUCCGAAUGCAAGACGACCUGACGAUGGCAGCAAGGCUCUUGGCACCCUCAGCUUUGAGAUUGGAGAUUAUCUGGAUGUGGCAAUUCUGUAGACUUGUAUAUCAUGUCUGGAUCAGUGAUGGGGUAGUUUUAUGUUGUCAUUUUGGCUUUAUUAAACCAUGUGGCUUAUUAUGAAUGGAAACUUUUAAGUUUGUUUAUUCUUGUUUGAGCUUGCGUAUAACUCAUCGUUAUCGUAGUUUUUCGGGCUUGUUAGCGGAUGGUUACGUUUUUACUUGUAUUUCAUUAUAAUAAUAACCAAAAAUAA